AUGGCUUCAGUAUUGCGAAAGAAACUAGAACAAUUUGAAAAUUUAAAUUCACAAAAUAAUAACCGACCUCUCCCUUCCUUACCAAAUAAACUUCCGAAGUCAACGAUAAAUUCUACCAUAAAUAAAAUAAAUGUAGAUAAUAAAACUGAUUCUACUUUUAAAAAAGUGAUAGAUUCUUCACAGUCACAAUCUAAAAAUAGAGUUGCAGCAAUUGCUUCUCGACUUAAAGCAUUAGAAAAUGAAAGAAAUAAUGUUAAUGAACCAACUUCAUCUAAGGAUAAAUUUACAAAACGAGCUGUGAAUAAAACGAUUGAUACUUCAUUAUCUUUAACUUCUAACAGUGAAAAAUCAUUGGAAAAUGAAAGAAAUACUGUUAAUGAAUCAAUUUCAUCUAAGGAUAAAUUUACAAAACGAGCUGUGAAUAAAACUAUUGAUACUUCAUUAUCUUUAACUUCUAACAGUGAAAAAUCACUAAAUUAUCAACAAUCACCUCCAAUGAGAUCACCUGUUAGUCAAUCUUCGAUAAAAUCUCCUAUUAGCAUUGAAUCUGAUCUUCUUCAAUAUAAAAAAAAUCAUCAUCGAGAUGAUAGUCUUUCUAAAAGUACUUCGGAUUAUCAAUCUGAAGCAAGUACUUUUCAAUUACGUUCAUCAUAUAAUGAAAAUAGUUAUACCGCUAGUACUGGUAUGACAACACCAAUUGAAACAAGUUCAAGUGAACAUCAUAAAGAAGAGUUAGAAAAGUUAAAGAAAGAAUAUGAAUCGUCAAAAGAGAAACAAAAACAAGAAUAUGAUACUAUGAUACAAGAUUUAAAGAAUGAUUUAGAAAAGUUAAAACUUGAUCAUAAAGUAGAGUUAGAAAAGGUAAAGAAAGAAUUCAAAGACCAAGAAAUGCAAAAUGAAGAACGAUUAAGAGAUAAUGAUAUUGAAAAGAAUAAAUUAAUUGAAGAACUUCAAGCAAUAAAAAUCUUAAAAGAUCAAGCCGAUAAAAGUCUAUUAGCAAAUAAACAGUAUUCAUAUCAAGAAAAACUUUCUAUGAAACAAAAUCACGAACAAGAAAUUGAAAGACUUAAAGAUAUGCAUACAAAACAAAUGGAAAAUAUACUAAAAGAUCCUAAAAAUGUUAUAGUAGAGAUGCGACUUGAACAUAAAGCAAUAGAACAAGAAUUACGAAAGCAGAUUGAAGAAUAUGAUAGUGCUAUGCAAGCUUGGUAUCAAUAUCAACAUGAUGCAGAGGGAAGAAUUAAAGAAUCUGAAUCUCAAUUAUCUGAUAUAAUGAUUGAAAAAGAUGAAUUUUUAGCUGAAAAAGAGGAACUUGAAAGAAAGCUUGAUCAAUCUCAGGAAGAAAUAGCAAAUCUUAAACGACAGAAUGGAUCUACGACCAAACUUAUAGCCCAGUUUCAAAAAGAAACAGAAAAACUCAUUAAAGAUCUUAAACAAAAAUUGGAUGCCAAAGAUCAACAAUUGAAGGCUAAAGAAGAUAAAACAGAUGGGAAUUCAGAAUUAAUUAUAAAAAAUCUUCGUGAAGAAUUACAGAAUGUUAGUGAAGAGUUAUCAUCUUUACAUGUUAAUUUAUCAAGUACGGAAUUAAAAUAUGAUGAAAUAAAAAUUAAAUAUGAUGAAACUAAAGAACGUUGUGAAGAUUUAAACAAUUCAAUUAAUGAUAAGUUAGAAAUUAUAUCAAAAUUAGAACAUCAACUUAGUCAAACAGAGCGUCAACUUAGUCAAACAGAACGUCAACUUAAUCAAGCGAAAGAUGAAUAUGAAGAUACGAUUCAUGAUUUAACUUUACAAAAUGAUAAAUUAUCACAAGAAAAUUCCGAAUCUUCGAAAAAACUUCAAGUUAUGAAUAAUGCAGCUCUUAAAUUUGAUUCUACAGAAACUGAAUACGCAGAAUUGAAUUCCAAAUAUAAAAAAUUGACAAUUGAUAAAAGAGAAAUUGAAACCAAGUAUAAUGAAUUGAUAAAACAAAAUAAUAAGAUUAUAACGGAUAGGGAACGAAUUGAAGAUGAGUUAUCAAAGGCAAAAGAAGAAAUACGACAGUUUAAAAAACAAAUGAUGACAAUGAAGAGAGAUGUUGAAGAACUUAGAAAUGAACGGGAUAAACUUUUAGAUUUAUCGAUCAAUGAACUUUCAAGUAUUAAAUUAGAAUACUCUAAUAAAGAUAAUCAAAUUAAUGAGACAAAAGAUAAUAUAUCGGGCAUGGAAAAGCGUAUGAAGGAACAAGAAUCUGGUAUAGAAAGACUCAUGAAAGAAAUGGCAGCCGAUAGAGAAAAGUGGAAUCAACAAGAAGCAGAUCUUAUUUCAAAUUACGAAUAUAAAUUACAAGAGAAAGAUUCAGAAAUUGAAGAGCUUCGAGAAGAAUUGGAGAUCAUACAAAAUGAAUUAGAGACCAUACAAAAUGAAUCAAAAGAUUUGAAAAAAUUAUUAGAAGAGGAAAAAACACGUAUCAAAAAUCUAGAAAUAAAAUUACGAGAGUCGGAAGGUGAAAAUCAUAAAACAAACACACAAAUCAGUGACCUCCAAUGUAAGCUUGCUAAUGCUAUGAAUGACAAUGAAUUGAUACAAAGGAAAGCAACGGAGCUUAAGAAAAUACUUGAAAAACAAGAUGCGAGUGAAGAAGAACUAGUUACAAAAGAGGAACUAAUUGAUAAAGAAUCUGAAAUAAGUGAUCUCAAAAAGAAGUUAGCAGAUGAAUGUGAGGAAAGAAACAAAAUUGAAUUAAGACUUGAGGAAUUAGAACAAUUAAUUACAAGAGCUGAUAAACAACUUGAAGCUUAUAAAAGUGAAAAGCAACAACUUUUACAAGAUCAUGAGUUUGAAAUGCAAAAACUUCAACAACAACAUGAAGAAGAAAUUAAUAACCUUUCUUCAGCGAUACAAGCGCGUAUAGAAUCAUUGGAAAAACGACAACGCGAUCGAUUAAGUGAUCGUGGUGAGGCAAAGAAAAUAUCUACUUUAGAGCGACGAAUAAUAGACUUGGAUAGGUCACUUAAAGCAUCAGAAGCAGAACGUGAAAAAUUACAAAAUGAAAAGAGUGAAUUGGAUAUUAAAUUUAAAGAAGUAUUAUCUAAAAACGUGACUCUAGUAUUAGAAAUGGCUAAUAAAUAA